AAGAUUACAUCAAUUCAUAUUUUAACACAGCAAGGUUCCCAAGUUCUCACUAUAAAAGCCCCACCAUCUUUCCAUAUUUAUCGUGCUUCACUAGCAGCUCAUCACUUGUAUCUUGCAUCCCUCUCUUCCCAGUUCUUCCUGUCGAUCUAAGACAGAGCUUCUCUAACAAAAACACUGCCACGCCAGUUAAUAUGGCUAGUGAUCUCCCUCAAACAUUGGGCAAAACACUCCCCGAUGCGUGGGACUACAAGGGCCGCCCAGCCGAGCGCUCCAAAACUGGUGGCUGGACCAGCGCUGCCAUGAUUCUAGGUGGGGAGGCUUGUGAGAGGCUUACUACACUUGGUAUCGUUGUUAAUCUGGUGACUUAUCUGACGGGUACUAUGCACCUGGGAAAUGCUACCUCUGCCAAUGCAGUCACCAACUUCCUUGGAACCUCUUUUAUCCUGUGUUUGCUUGGUGGCUUUAUCGCUGACACCUUUCUUGGAAGGUACCUCACCGUCGCCAUCUUUGCCACCGUGCAAGCAAUGGGCAUCACCGUCUUGACCAUCUCAACUGCACUCCCAAGUCUCAGGCCACCGAAAUGCGUCAACGACACCGGUUGCAUUCCCGCAAACAGCAAGCAACUGACAGUUCUAUACUUGGCCCUAUACAUGUACGCCCUUGGCACCGGCGGUCUCAAAUCAAGUGUCUCGGGCUUUGGUUCGGACCAGUUUGAUGAGACAGACCCGACAGAGAGAAAACAAAUGGCCAGCUUCUUCCAUUGGUUCUUCUUUUUAAUAAACAUUGGCUCACUUGGUGCAGUUACAGUUCUUGUUUACAUACAAGAUAAUGUAGGGAGAAAAUGGGGGUAUGGCAUCUGCGGUUGCGCUAUUGUGCUAGGCCUAAUCCUGUUCUUGUCUGGCACAAGGCGAUACCGAUUCAAGAAAUUGGCAGGUAGUCCAUUGACACAGAUUGCCACAGUGUUUGUGGGUGCUUGGAGGAAAAGGCACUUGGAGAUGCCUUCAGAUCCAUCAUUUCUCUACGAUCUUGAUGUUAUUGAAGAGGGAGGGAAGAAGAACAAGCAGAAACUUCCCCACAGCAGGCAAUUCCGUUUCCUGGAUAGAGCAGCGAUCAAGGACCCAGAAACCAACGUCAUAGACAAAUGGAAUCUAUCAACUCUAACAGAUGUUGAGGAAGUGAAAAUGGUGAUUAGAAUGCUACCCAUUUGGGCUACCACUAUCAUGUUUUGGACGGUGUAUGCCCAAAUGACCACAUUUUCUGUGUCACAAGCAACAACCAUGGACCGUCACAUUGGAAAAUCUUUCGAAAUACCUCCAGCCUCCCUAACCGUCUUCUUCGUUGGUAGCAUUCUCUUGACUGUGCCAGUUUAUGACAAGCUAGUAGUUCCAAUUGUUAAAAAAGUUCUCAAGAAACCAAAUGGCCUAACCCCAUUGCAACGCAUAGCUGUAGGUCUGAUCUUUUCUAUUAUUGCAAUGAUAGCUGCAGCACUCUGCGAACGAAAGAGGUUAAGAGCCGCAACAUUACAUGGUUUGGUCAACGAUCCAACGGCUCAGAUCCCAUUAAGUGUGUUCUGGCUGAUCCCUCAGUUUUUCUUCGUGGGGUCUGGUGAAGCAUUGACAUAUAUUGGGCAGCUUGAUUUUUUCCUGAGGGAAUGCCCUAAAGGAAUGAAGACAAUGAGUACAGGGCUAUUUUUGAGCACUCUUUCACUAGGAUUUUUCUUCAGCUCUUUGUUGGUUAGUAUAGUGCACAAGGUAACUGGGAAUAAACCAUGGCUAGCAGAUAAUCUGAACCAAGGAAGGCUAUAUGAUUUCUACUGGCUGUUGGCCAUUUUGAGUGCUUUGAACUUUGUCAUAUUUUUCGCUUGUGCUAAAUGGUAUGUCUACAAGGACAAGAGACUAGCUGAGGUAGGCAUCGAACUGGAGGAACUUGAUGAGCCUGCUAUGCACUGAAUGAUUUUUUUCCCUUUUUUUCUAAUUUCUCACUUUAUGUGUCACUGUACAAGGCCUUUGCUUACAGUAAGUUUGUAUCUACAAAGUGCAUAAAAGGGCGCAAAAGAUCGACCCACCAGCAAGCUGUUUCACUUUUUGAUAAUACAAAAAAAUAAUGUGUAUUUAGGAUUCUCA